UGUUGGUGGUGUGCCGGUGUUCAUGCAGUGCGUUCAGGACUGGAUAUCCUGCUCCUCCCUCUCCCAUACCGACUGGAACACCACAGGGAAACUCCCUUUUUGUGGAAAGGAGAUUUCUGAAGCAUUACGGUUAUUGCAGAACACACUGUCCCCACCUUUCAGUGCCAGGAAGGGUGCGGACCUCACAGGCUGGUAAAACAUUCCAGGGCUGAAAUACAGGCCCCCUUCAUUCAGUCUCCCAUCCCCUCACACAGACUGCAGGCUGGUUACACCAUGGCUCUCCACUGCGUUCUACUUCUCUCUCUCAUUUCACUGCUUCAUUUUUCAAAUGGGGAUCAGCCAGUGGAAGAAGAACUAAUCACAGCACAUCAUGUACGACCUCCUGGUGCCCCAUUUCAACUAAACCCCCAAAACCCUGAUGUCCAAGAGGCGGCAAAACAGGCUGUGGAGCAAUUCAACUCCAAAUCCACUUUGAAGAGGUAUUUCAGACUGAUCAAUGUUACAUCUGCUGAGACACAGGUUACUAAUGUGAUUACAUACAAGAUAGAUGCUAUUAUCGGAAAGACAAAAUGUCUUAAGUCAGAAGAAGAUGCAGACCUGGAAUCCUGUGUUUUGGGAAAAAGGCGGCUGAUGUGUAAAUUUGAGGUCUCUUUCAAUCCUCGGAAUGACAAACAUGACUUAAUUGAUUACUCCUGCAAGAAACCCAACAGGAGCAACAUUAAGGAUAGUGUUUGAGAUGCAUGUAUGUUAUUAAUUUUGGUUUCAAGAAUUAAUUGUAUUGUGAGGUUAUUGGUUUGGUACUAUUUCUGAUUGCCCUUUUCUUUCAUAUGUAACUCUUGAAUGCAUUGAAAAAUUUUGUUCAGAUGUAGCACACUAAUUGAUCAUUGUCAGAUAAAUAAAAAAAUUGUUACCCAAGUUCCCAGGCAAUGCCUACUGUAAUCACCAAAUACCUUUUGCGCUUCAGUUACUACACUCAUCAUUACAAACAGGAGCCGUUUAUAUGCACACACUCCUUGUCGUGAUCUCUUGUCACAACCAGCCAUUCUCAAUGUGGUCUCAACAGAUUUUUGUAUACAUUUUCGCAGUAUUAUCAAAAUAGGUUUUCAAUAUACUUUGAAUACAGACACACACUUCACAUGUGAGUAACUUUUUGAGUGCAUUAACUUAUUAAUCUCAUAUCUGGUACACUUGUCAGACAUGAGAAAGUCGUGCAUAUACUGAUUGUCAUCGCACCAGUUCCUUGGCCUUACCCAAUACCACCAAGACUACUGUUGUGUAUAGAUGGGGAAUCAUUUAAAUUGAUGAAAUGUGUACUUUUCAAAAACAUUCUCUCUGUCUCAUGUGACUAAAACAUACAACACUUUUCAGUGUACUGUACUGUCAUAGGUAUUGUCACUGGAUGUAUUUAAGACUGCGCCACAAAGGCA